AUGGAGGUGAUGGACCUCAAGAUUAGAUCCCCAAAGGUCAUUGGCUUCUCUUGUUUCUUGUGCUGGAUUUUGCAUCUCUUGAUGAACACAUGUAUUCUUAAAAUAGUGACUGGUCCAUUGAACAGGAAAAACCUUAAGGAAGAAACAAAUUAUAGAGUCUGUUCCUGUGCAAUUCAAGACAGAUUUGACUUAUUCUAUGCAAUCACAUAUUUUUCCCCCGACUUUGUGAGUUUGGUUUUCAUGGUCCCGGCCAGUGGCUCCAAGGUCUUUGUCCUGCACAGGCACAAGCAGCGAGUCCAACACAUUCACAAUCACAGACUCUCCUCCGGACUUUUCCAUGAGGCCAGACGUGUUAACUUUAGGAUGACUUCAGCUGCAAUCCCAGGCCACUGGAUGGUGAACAUCUCUGUGCCAGUGGUUUCAUGUUUCACAGCAUUCAACCCCUUUGUGCUCAUCAGCAGUGACACCUGGCCAGCCGGAACCGCCUACCGGCGGACGCACUCCCCUGCAGCCAAAAUGACCACCACCGGAAAGACGCCGGAAGAUUCCGGCGUAUUGCGCCCUUACGCAGGCGCCUCUUUCCUGGGCAACGAUUGGUCCAAGGCCCAGGCACGCUCGGCGCACAGUAUUCUGGGUGGUGUAGUUCCUACCACGCCGCAGUUCGCGGCGCCCUAA